GCGGUGUGAGGCACCGGCCGGCCGGUGUGAGAGCGGUUCCCGGGCCGCGCCGGAGCGGACGAUGCAGUCGGUGUUGGCCUACGGCCGCCUGCUGGCCCGCGCCUUGCUGGGCAGCGGUCUCCGGCGCUCCGACCGCCGCGAGUACCGGCUCAUCACUGCGGGCUGCGGCUUCGGCAAGGACCGCGGCAAGGGCACGGGCUACGGCGACGACGCCUGCUUCGUAGCCGCUCACAGGCUGGCCGACGUGAUCGGAGUUGCAGAUGGCGUUGGAGGAUGGUGGGAUUAUGGCGUAGAUCCAUCUCAAUUUUCCACGACUUUGAUGAAAACUUGUGAACGGCUGGUUCACGAAGGACUGUUUGUUCCCAGUAACCCAGUGGGCAUCCUGGUGGCCAGUUACAAAGAAAUGCUUCAGAAUAAGGUUCCUUUGUUGGGAAGCAGUACUGCCUGCCUUGUAAUUCUUGACAGAGAGGAGCAUUGUUUAUACACAGCUAACUUGGGAGACUCUGGCUUUCUCAUCGUACGCGAUGGGAGGAUCAUUCAUCGAUCAGAUGAGCAGCAGCAUUACUUCAACACUCCUUUCCAGCUGGCAAUUGCACCCCCCGAAGCCCAAGGUUCUGUUCUCAAUGACAGCCCUGAAACAGCAGAAGGCUUCACAUUCAACAUGGAAGUGGGUGAUAUAAUUCUUACAGCAACAGAUGGGCUCUUUGACAACAUGACUGACUACAUGAUCUUGCAACAGUUAAGGCUGAUGAAGGAUUGUAAUUACGACAGUUUGAAGCAAACAGUGAAAAACAUAGCUGAACAGGCUCAGCAACUGGCGUAUGAUCCAAACUACAUGUCACCCUUCGCACAACGUGCCUGUGCCAAUGGGCUGAAUGUUCAAGGUGGCAAACCAGAUGACAUCACUGUGCUAUUAUCAGUCGUGACGGAGAACAAAGAAUGAGGAGAGGAAACCUUUGUCUCUUUGGCCAGAAGUGGCCAGUUGACACACCUGAAGAAGUGGCAUCCCCUCAUCUCCACUGUGAGAAUCCCACUUAUCUCAACCAGGCAAGCCAAUGGGGGCCAUUUGAGAUGGCCAAGUGCAAGGAUUCCCAGUGGCUGAAGUACUGGGUGAACAAUCACUCUUUUCAGUUCCUGUAGUUUGAAAAACAUUACACCUCGCUCUUUGCUGCUUUUUGCAUCCUAUGAAAUGUGUAAAAUAGUUUGUCUUUGAAGUCUGUACUCCCUGCAUUUGUCCACAACUGUAUAUUAACCUCUUUUAAACGUUUGUCAUAUUUGAAACACAAUGAUAAAGCCAUUCACGAAAAUGAUUUCUGACAAUCUAGCCUACUAAAAGAUGGAUGCUUUUUCAAAAAAAAAUUGUCCAUGAAAUACUUUGCAUUCUUGAACUUAAACUUACUAGAAGCAAUACCAUAAUAACCAAAAUGUAUUUACAUUUAAAAUAUGCAUUUCAAUGUGUUUUAGCCAUGUGUUUAUGAUUCCUGCUAUACACAUUCUAUUUUGCCAACAUCCUUUCUCCUGAAUAUGGCUAGAGUAUUGUUUUUUGUCUCAGACUAUGGGAAAGGAGCUCUGAAUUGGUUAAGUACAGAUCCAGUCUCAGUUCUAUGUACGAAAACAAGUGGAGUCAGUGUGGAGACAAAUUUUAGCAUGAGUCACAUCAACUUGGAAAUAGGCCCUUAGGCCCAACUUGCCCACACCACCCAACAUGCUCCAUCUACAAUAAUCCUGCCUGCAUUUUGCCCAUAUCCCUCUAAAUCUGUCCUAUCCAUGUUUCUGUCUAAAUAUUUCUUAAAACGUUGCGAUAACACCUGCCUCAACUACCUUCUCCGGCAGCUCGUUCCAUACACCCACCAACCUUUGUAUGAAAAAGUUACUCUUCAGGUUCCUGUUAAAUAUUUUCCCCUAUCACCUUAAACCAAUGUCUUCUGGAUUCCCCUACUUUGGGCAAGAGACUAAGUGUGACCACCCGUUCUAUUCCUCUCAUGAGGUGGUUUUGAUGCUCUGGUGUCUUAUGGAGCAUGUAAAUUGUUUCCAAUCAGAACUCAUCAAAUCUUGACCGUCAGUGCCUAGCAACCCAAAGUACUGAGGAACAGCCAACCUUCUCAGUUCUCCUUGUAUACCAGCAUGACUGCCACCCCAUUAUUUCUCCACUUAAACGUACUGGCUUUGCCAGAAAUAAUUAUUGUUCUGAUCCAAAGUUGUUUUGAGAAUUGUUUGCGAGCAGUCUAUACAUUUAAGUAGUGAGACCUCUGCAAAUCGAUAAUUGUUGAUAAAUGGUUUAAGUUGCAAAACCUUCACACGAACAGGCUGAAGAGCAAUGGAUAAAAUUGCCACAUCGAGCACAUCUGGAAUUGGUACUGUUGCCGCCACAAGAAACCUUCACUUGAACCAUCCUUCUGGGUUUGCCAUGAUUUGUGCAGCAGGCCAAAGGCUCCGUGCCAUUGUAUGCAGCUACAGCUGGAACAAUGGACUUUGAAGUACGAUGCUUGGUUAGUUUAACUAGAACUGAACUAGACCAGUCUUUGGCUCUAAUGCUUAAUCUAGUGUUUUAAUUGUAUUCUUAAAACUAAAAAUGAUUCAUUUUUGUUCCAGAUGUUUUAUUUGGAGAGUUGGUAAAAGUUAUUACAUUUUAAAUCCCUUCCAUAGCUGAUUGUUUGCCCUGAUAAUCUUUUUUUUUAAAGACAUAAAAUGGGUAGCUGCUUGAUGGGACUUAUAGCCAACAUCAUAUUCUUGAUGUCGAAAUAAGUUUCAAUUUGUUCUGAAUUCUUUCAACACUGUGCUGAGUUUAGACGCUCUUCUGUAUCAGGGUAGCAGUUAACUGAAUGUGUUAUGAUGAUGGGGUUCUGUUGAUUAGACUGUUUGAGUUCAAUGUUCCCUCCAAAAUGGAUGUAGAAUAAUCGACUAAUUGCUGAAGAUUGCUGAUGGGACGUGGUCACUUCUUUGGCUGCUCGCUGUGUAGGCACCAAGAUUAUCUGCUUUUCAUUCAUGGUGCAGCCUGUCCUGUCUGCAGUGCCUUCGGUCAUAGGGUUUGUGUUGGUCCACCAGCAAUUACUCUGGACACGAAGAUUGGAGAAAUUAGAAACUACAACUUAGAGAAGAUUUUGAAAUCAUGAAUUUUUGCAAAACAGGACAAGGCCAUGGAUGAUGGUGUUUGGACAGAGGUGCUUAUUUGUAUCAGCAGCUUAGUGAUUCUUGGUGCAAGAUGGAGUAAUCUAACCCCAGUCAAACAAAGUGCUUCAUCUUGAAGUUGUACCAUAGAAGUUAACAUAUUGCGGCUUUUCAAGAGUACUGAUAUGCACAUUUUAAAUUGUGAUGGAGCUGCUUGCAGAUUCCUGGCAUUUUAAGAAUCUGCAUUUCACCUGUAAUCUGAAGGAUGCUGGCUGGUAGAGUCUCUAUGCACCAUUGGGAACGGGAAGGCUUGCUUCACUUUAUAUGGUAUUUAACCCUUCUUGUGAUAGCAAAGUGUGCGUUUGCUUUGUUAGCUCAGCAACUUCAUGUAUUGUUUCUGACUCCUCAGUUGGAUGUAUUACAAAAGUUUGGGAAGGGAAACAUUGUACGUGAGGGCGAGAAAAGUACAAUGAAAGUAACUUAUCAUUAAUAUUUCGAUAUGAGUAUUUAGAACUGCAGUUUUAUUUAGUGGGAUAAAUUGCAAGAUCCAAGCUUGAGGGAGAACCAGACAAGCUUUGUGUUACACUAGCAUUGCGACUGUUUCACUUAUUUCUCCAUUUGAGCGGGAUGCAUGUUAUAACUUAUCUUACGAUUUGUUUUCUGGGAAGGAAGAGUUACUACUGUCGAAUUGAGCCAUUGAUAUUGCUACAGCAAUAUGUGUGCAAUUCUCUGUAUAUAAUUUGUUUGUAUAUAUCAGAUAAAUGUACUAUUUACAUGGACUUGUGCUGGUGCUUUUCAGGUUUGGUUAUGCUACAGUCUUGAGUUUUCUUUGAUUAAUGUAUUUAAUCUUUCAUGGCAGAUCAUAAGAAUUGGAUAUCUUAUACUAUUAUGAGAACUUUGCACUUGAAACCUUUAGGACAUGCCUUGAUCUUUUUUACAUAGAGUUCAAAUAUAGAAACUGAAGUGCAUGAUACUGUGCGGUUUAUUGAUCCCCAGUUUAUUUGUGGUGUUUCCAGACAUUCUCGGUCGACACUACCUAUCAUCCUUGAAGAUUGGACCAUCUAAUGCAAGAGUGUAGUUUUGCUAUGUUUUGAUGUAAUAUUGUAACAUGCACCUUCCAAAAAAUGUCAAUGCCAUUCCAGGAUGUGGGGAAAGGGAGUUUACUGUCUCUGAAGACAGAUGUACUGAAAGCUUUUAUUUCAUAGUGAUUUGCAGCACAGAGGUCAUUUGGUCCUUAGAACUUGUGUGAACAUAGUCAUUAAUCCUACCGCAAGUGUUCCCUUUUCUGAUAAUCAAGUACCUUUUGGAAUUUUGUGUUGCUUUUUUAUUGCACCACUUUUUCAGGUAAUACAUUAUCUUCCUAUGUGUUUCAAAAACGUUCCCCAUGUCAGUGAACGCUGAUUGUUAGCUUCCCCACCAGUGUAAAUGUUAAGUACACUUUAUCAAAACAUCUAUUCGUCCCUUUGCCUGCACAAUGAGAUGAGGACAAACGUAAUUAAAAGCUGACUUAAUUUCUGCCUUCAGGAUCUGAAGUAUAAAAUGGUCAGAAGCCGGGUGAUGCUUCCUUUCAGAUGUUUUAAAAAGAAGCCCUUACUGGGAUUUCUGAGAAUCCACAAUUUAAUUUAGGUCAAUCAUGCACUUCUGUCUGGCUUCUUCAAGACCACAGAACGCUGCCAAGGCUUCAUAAACCUUUUUAUAACUAUAUACACCUUGAUUUAAUCCCUGGUUUAAAUAGCAAAUUCAGUUGCUCCUGGAACUCCUAUUAUGGGUGUUGUCUGUAUAUAGUUUGUCCUUUCUCCCUGUGACCACGUGGGUUUUACCAGGUGGUCACAUCUCGCAUCCCAAAGGCGUGCAGGCUUGUAGGUUAAUUGGCUUCUGUAAAUUGUCUCUAGUGUGCAGGAUGCGAAACUGGGAUAACUAGUGUAUGGGUGAUCAUUGGUCAGCAUGGGUGGGCUGGAGGGCCUGUUUCCACGCUGUAUCUAAACCUGCUGAUCUAUUGUCGGGCAGCCUGGCCCCCAGCCCUGGUUUAUUGGAUUCACAAGCCCUCCAUCUAGUUUGCAAUCAAUUCAUUUGUUUAAAGUGGAUAUCUACUGAAAGAUGUAUUUCUUGCCCUGUUUAAAAAAACGAACAAAUCUUCACCACACUGGCAAUGCAGGAUUGAGGAGUUUUGUUAAACCUGUUUUAGACGAAAUUGGAGAAGAAAAAUAUAUUUGCAGUGAAUAAUGUUAAAAUUGUAGAAUUUGUUGAUAGAAAUUGAAUUAUCCAGUAAAAUGAUUUAAGUAAUGUAUAUUGAAAUGGUAUUUUGUGCACUAGAAAAAUUCAAAUCAUAUAGUCAAAUGAUAUCAGUGUAUUUAAGAAAAGACUAACAAUACAAGGAUAGCUAUGAACUACAAUGAUGUGACAAGUGGAAACUUGCCACUGAGUUCUACUUUUUACGCAGGUCAGCUACAGGGUAACUUAGCUUCGAGAGGUUAAACAGACAAAGAAAAAUAAAAAGUUGUCCAGUAUCCAGAUUGGACCAUUAGGUGCCAUAUACUAUUGAUAUAACUAUAUCAAAUUUUCUUUAAUAUGGUCAGUGGUACACAUCAAGAUGCUUUUCCAUAGCUGCUCUGUUGACCUGGCUACUUGCCACUAAUAACGUCAUCUCAUGUGUUGAGGUACAGACACAAAAGCAAAAUCUAUCUUUUUACAUUAAUGAAUACAAUGUAAAUAAUAAAAUCCUCGCCACAUUCACAAUAGUAGUAUGGCACAAUACUAAUACAUUAUAGUGCCAUAAAAAUGUUGAAUUUCAAUAAUCCAAGACAAAGCUGAUCUUCCAACGAGAGCAGAAAAUGAUUUUAACCAUUGCAACCCAAGAAAGCUAAUUAUUGAGUCAUUUCCAGGAGCCAUCUCCAUUAUGGCUCCAUCCACAAAUCCAAAUGCUGCAACCUCAUUGACUUGGCAGAAAUCCUUUACUCCUUCUUUAAGAAGGACAUUUUUUGAGCCUGCUCAAUGCAUGUUUUUCCAUGAUCCAUCAUUGUCUUUAAAUCUAACAGUGACAUCGAUGUUAGAUGUAACCACAUCCCUUUAAACACUUUAUCCAAAAUUCAGCAUCCACCAAUUUUGUUCCUCAGAUGUAGACCAUUCAACUAUUCAUGUGUUUGCACAGAAGAUCACCAAUCCGAUGAUGUCUCUUCAUAGGGGGUAAUUUAUCAGCAGGACAGCAAUCCCAGGGCAAUCCCCAAUAUUUAUGAGUCAAGCUGCAACACCUGCAGGAUUUAAGCUGCCUUUUACAGGAUGAGCGUUAGUACUUAAUUAACACUCAUUAAUUAAUUUAUUGGUUGGCUUCUAAAAAAUAACUAAUGCCCUUUAUCCAUUUCUUAGCCGGAAUCACACCUAAAAUAAGCUAUAAAACUUUUCCUUCAUCCAGCUUCUGUUCACAUUUCUACUGAUAUUGCCGAAGACAUUUGAGGCACAACAAAAUUCCUAUCCAUGAUAAUCCUUAAAACACAAGAUUACAAACCUUCAGGACCUUGGUCUCCAGCUUUCAUGAAGGAUGUAGGGACAAGGGUUCCUCUAUCCCUUCGCAAUACUCCAUGAGUGUUACUAAUGAUCUCACUGGUGAUCUGGUCACCAACUUUGGAUUCCCCAGACCACCAUCACGAGCCUUCAAAUGCAACAACCUUUGUUCAUGCAGAUAGGUAAAUGUAAAACCUACCAACAAUAUUUUUGACAAUCUCAUCCAUACAUGUAAAUACAUUUUGUAAUCCCUCAUUUAAUACAUUGUGUGAUAUCUAGUUUAAUAUAUUUUAUGAUACCUCAUUUCAUGGUUUGUGGUACCAUGAGAGUGUAGUAAAGAUGAGAUACCUUAAACAACUCCAGCUCUGAGUAGGUCUCAGCCUAGCUUUGUCAGCAUUAAUUGACCACCUAGCUAAUCUCUGUUUGAGGCCUUCUCUAAAACUUCCAAAGGUCAACCCUUCCACGUAAAUACUUUUGCAAAGAGUUGGGAUCAAUAAAAUCCAAAUCUGUUUCAUUAAUUUUCCAUUUUGUCUUAUUAUCAAUGAUAGUUUUAGUUUUAGUGGACAUAUAUAUAAAAGCCAGCUGACAUUUUGACAUUAAUUUGUAAACCAGUCUUUAGCCUGAAUUUCUCCACAAUCCUGUGGUUGACGCUCAUACCUUUAAAUGAAUCAUUGAUAAUCGCUAUGUCAUCACAAGGGCAAGAGCAGCACACAAAACGUUAAACUCAUUGGGUUAAAACCACUCCCAUCUGUCUCCAAAGAACAUAAAAACAUUGAUUGCACAAAUAAACGACGAGAGAGUGGGUCAGCAUAUUUAAUGCCUCUCUUAAUAGGAGUGAGAGCAGUUUUCCCCAUCUACUCUCAAUUGUAAAAUUAUCUGUAAAGAUCCAAAGUAAUUUCCAUAAAAUCUUAAGGAAUCUUCUAAGAAACAAC